AUGCUACAGACGAGAUCAAGGACGAUGUUGACAAGAAGUGCGAGACGGAUCACUGCGAGGAAUGCCGUAAAAGUGGGUGGUCUGCGGCAUCACUCGGCUGCUGCGGCAACGGCGGAAUCAUUCACUCUCCCUCCCAUCGCGCUCCCAGCUCAAUCCUUCGAGCAUACACGCUCACCGAAGCCUCUGAUCAAAGACGCCCUUCCCUUCUCCGCCUUCCUAACCGACAACCACAGCCGUCAACACACCUACCUCCGCAUCUCCAUCACCGAGAAAUGCAACCUCCGCUGUACUUAUUGCAUGCCCGAAGAAGGCGUCGAGCUAUCCCCUCCGGAGCAUCUACUGACCACGGAUGAGAUUCUGAAGAUCGCGGAGGUGUUUGUGGGGCAGGGGGUUACGAAGAUCAGGUUGACAGGUGGGGAGCCGACCGUGAGGAAGGAUAUUGUCCAGUUGGUGGAGCGCUUGGGGAGGUUGAAGGAGAAGGGGUUGAAGGAGUUGGCGAUGACGUCAAAUGGGAUUGCGUUGGCUAGGAAGCUGCCGGCGUUGGUGAAGGGCGGGUUGACGCAUUUGAAUUUGUCGUUGGAUACGCUGGAUCCGUUCAAGUACCAGAUGAUGGCGCGACGGAAGGGGUUGGAGGCUGUGUUGAAGUGUAUCGAUACGGCACUUGCGUUGGGAGUACAGCCGCUGAAGAUCAAUUCGGUGGUUAUCCGGAAUGUAAAUGAUGCCGAGAUCCUGGAUUUUGUCGCUAUGACGAAGGACAAGCCCGUGGAGGUCCGGUUCAUUGAGUACAUGCCCUUCGACGGCAACCGUUGGAAUAAGGAAAAGAUGCUGUCCUACCAGGAGAUGUUGGAGAGGAUCCAGGCGGAGUACCCUACAUUCGAGAAAGUCAAGGAUCACGAGAACGACACCUCCAAGACCUACCGCGUUCCCGGCUUCGCAGGUCGCAUUGGGUUCAUCACGAGUAUGACAAAUCACUUCUGCGGAACCUGCAACAGACUACGGAUAACCUCCGACGGAAACCUCAAAGUCUGCCUCUUCGGCAACGCCGAAGUCAGCCUUCGGGACCUCCUCCGCCAACCAGACAUCACCGAAGACAAGCUACUAGAAACGAUCGGCAUGGCAGUCAAGCGCAAACACAAGCAACACGCCGGAAUCGGGAACCUGGAGCACAUGAAGAACAGACCGAUGAUUUUGAUUGGGGAUGGGAUGAGGAAGACGAAACUACAGUUUGAAAGGCGUUUGAGGAGUUCUUUUACAGCAUUCUCGGCAUAUAUACCCGUGGGAUUAACAUAUUUACCAUUUACACCGGCUCUUUCAUUUGCGAGGGCAUAUUCUACGAAGCAACCGCCACCACCAGCAGGCGAGAAGCUCACACAUGUCAACGAGGCGGGACACGCUCACAUGGUCAACGUCGGCGACAAGCAAGAAACCAAACGCAUCGCAACAGCCCGCGCAACAAUCACCUUCACAAGCCCCCAAACUCUCGCCCUCAUCACCUCCAACUCCCUCAAAAAGGGCGACGUCCUCGCCACUGCCCGAAUCGCAGGAAUUAUGGCAACAAAACGGACAGCAGACCUAAUCCCCCUCUGCCACAACAUCCCUAUUUCAAAGGUCUCCGUCACCUUGCUCCCGGUGUCUGGGUCGACGGAUCAGGUUGAGGUUGAAUGUACGGUCGAGUGUCGUGGACAGACAGGGGUCGAGAUGGAGGCUUUGGUGGGGUGUAGUAAUGCGGCGUUGACAGUGUAUGAUAUGUGUAAGGCUGUGGAUCGGGGGAUGAGGGUCGAUGGGAUGAGGGUCGUGGAGAAGAGGGGCGGGAAGAGUGGGGAUUGGAGGGAGGGGAGGGAUGGACAGUUGGUCCAUGACCAUAAGGUGUAG